AUGACAGAUCUCUCCAAGGCACCCGAACUAGAUCCCGAGAUGGGUUCUGACCCCCCCGAGCCGGUGGAAGUGAUGGAGGAUGAACCUGCAGAGGAUGCGGCAAAGGAUUACAGUGAGUCCUCAGGUCAAGUCAACUCCUCGGUUGAAUCUACCGGUGGCUUUCCCUCUGGUAACGACGACGAGGAAGACGACGAAGUGGAACAUGCCCGUCAGGUUGCCAAAUCCGAAACGGCUCGUCUCCGCUUUUGGCGCUUUGUGGUCACGGAUACCAUCAUCAUGAUUGCCGUUGUCUUGAUUAUUUCCACGUAUUGUGUUCAGAGGGAGGAGGAACACGUCCAGUUUGCGGAAGCAUGGGCUCGCUUUGCCAGCUCCGUUGGAGACCGUGUGGUCGAGCAGCAGCAGACCCUUCGUUCGUCCUUGCUCGAGUUUUCCACCGUCGUCAGUACCACGGCCGAGCUCGUCUACAACCCAUGGCCCUUCUUCACAUUGCCUCGCUUUGAAGCUCAUGCUCAGAGAACCAUGGCUGUUGCCGGCGUGCAAGCGCUGGGUCUUUUCUCCAUGGUCCACAAAGAACUACGACAAGAAUGGGUCGACUUUGCCGACAAGACGCACGAGGAUGUCGUUCUCACCAAUAACAAGCUCGCCGGAACACAAGAUGACCUCAAGCCAGUGGGAUACAACUCCUUCAUCUCUCGAGUCGAUUCUGCCACUGGAGGCAUGGUACAGGACUUUGGCCGAGAAUCCUACUUCCCUUCCUUGGCAUGGUCUCCGCCACCUCUCGAUUUUGCCACCAUCAACUGGAACAUGGGAUCUGAUGCGGGAUUUUACCACACGAUCGAGGCACUCGUCGAGCUGGGCCAAGACGAAGUGCUCUUUACCUUUCCUGAUCAAGUGGAUCCCUUGUAUCAGCCUCCUAAUGCUACUGAAGAGCCCAUGACCUACGCCUUUGCUCCCGUGUACCAAGAACCUCAAGGCAGCAGCACCGAAUCACCACAGUUUGUGGGGGUGAUCUCUAGUGCCUUCACUUGGGAUCACAUGUUUGCCAACACGCUCCCUCAAGAUGUUCAUGGCAUGGUGGCCGUACUCGAAAGUGCCAACUGUAACCAAGUCUUCUCCUAUGAGAUCAAUGGACGUGACGUGACCUACCUCGGCGCUCAAGACGUGCAUGACACUGACUUUGACAAGUAUAUUGUCAACGUGGACCUGGGAACUGGGUUUUACCAGGACAAGGACAUGGCAAUGAACACCACCGGCCACUGCACUUUCACACUGAAUCUGUAUCCAUCUGCAACCAUCUGGGAUCAGUUUGUGUCUUUCCGGCCUGAAGCAUACGCCAUUGUGGUUUCCAUGCUCUUCUUUUGCAUUGCGGCUGUUUACUUUGUCUACGACCAGCUCGUCGACGGACGAAACGAAAAGCUCAUUGCACGAUUUGCUCGGUCCAAUGCCAUUGUGUCCUCGCUGUUUCCCAAGAACAUUCAAGCUAGGCUCUUGGGUGACGGUGACACCUCCAGUGUUGGCGGCAAAUCUUACCGAUCUGGUUCUAGUCUCAAGGCAUUCAUGUCCAGUGGUGGCACUGGAGAUCAUGGCAACGGUGCCUCGAAACCAUUGGCAGAUCUAUUCCCCGAUGUUAGCAUCCUCUUUGCAGAUCUCGUUGGCUUUACGGCAUGGUCGUCCGUUCGCGAACCAAACCAAGUCUUCAUUCUCUUGGAGACAAUUUAUUCGUCGUUCGAUGAAGUGGCUGAGGCACGCCGCAUUUUCAAAGUGGAAACUGUGGGAGAUUGCUAUGUUGCUGCUUCCGGUCUGCCAAAUCCACGAAAUGACCACGCAGUGGCAAUGGUGCGUUUUGCCAGUGAUAUUAACAUUAAGAUUGGAGUCUUGGCAAAGGAGUUGGAGGUCGUGCUGGGGCCUGAUACUGGCGAUUUGGCGCUGAGAAUUGGCAUCCACAGUGGCCCUGUCACGGCUGGAAUCCUCAGAGGCAAGAAAGCACGAUUCCAGCUUUUUGGCGACACCAUGAACACAACCAGCAGGCUUGAAACUACUGGAAUGGCAGGUCGAAUUCAUAUCUCGCAAGCCACCGUUGACUUGCUUGCCCGUGCUGGGAAGAGUCACUGGGUUCACAAACGCAAGGACUUGGUUGCGGCGAAGGGAAAAGGCGUGAUUCAGACGUACUGGGUAACCCCUGCCCAUGGACACGACGGAGAAAGUACCACAAGUGGCAGCAGCUUCGAUAGCGGUGUCGAAGCUAACAGUCAGGGGGACAAAGGAGCAAAACGAGCACUGCCCCGGAGUAGCCCAUUGGCCAAUCACUCCAGCAGAGUUGAUCGAUUGGUGGAGUGGAAUGUCGGCGCUUUGCUUCAUCUCCUGAAGGAAAUCAUUGCCCGUCGCGACGCUCAGAAUGAGGUUGCUGCAAUGAUGCCUGCCGGUCGUGAAGAGGCUCCACUGGAACUGCCGAUAACGUCAGGGGGAAAGCCACUUGAUGAGGUCAAGGAUAUCGUGGAAUUGCCAGAAUUUAACCGUGCGGCAGCCAGAAGACAGCGCAACCCAGAGCAAAUGGAAAUCCCAAGCCUCGUGGUUGAUCAGCUGCGCAAUCUUGUCCGGCGGAUUGCUGGCGGGUACCGCAGCAACUACUUCCACAAUUUUGAACAUGCGUCACAUGUCACAAUGAGCGUCACCAAGCUACUCUCUCGAAUUGUCGCUCCAACUGACUUGGACAUGGAUGAUAUCUCUGAAAGCGAUGACCAAGGAGGAGCUGCAGCAAGUCUUCACGAUCAUACAUUCGGGAUCACGAGCGAUCCUCUCACUCAAUUCGCGUGCAUCUUCUCAGCCCUGAUCCACGAUGUGGAUCACACGGGGGUGCCAAAUACUCAGCUGGUCAAGGAAAAGGGUGAAAUUGCUGCGUACUACAACAAUCGCAGCGUCGCCGAACAGAACAGCUUUGACCUCAGCUGGGCCAUCUUUAUGGAAAGUUCCUUUGAUGCAUUUCGUGCUGCUUUAUGCUCCACUCCCACUGAAUUGCGCCACUUUCGAGAAAUCGCCGUCACGUGUGUCAUGGCGACCGACAUUGCCGAUAAAGACUUGAAGGCUUCGAGGAAUGCUCGUUGGCAAAAGGCAUUCGACGCCAAACCCGCCGAUUCCAAAGCGGACCUCUCUUUGGGUCGAUCCAGCACGAGAGAGCUCGUUCGCAGCACUGCCAAUAGAAAGGCGACGGUUGUCAUUGAACAUCUGCUUCAAGCUUCAGAUGUUGCUCACACUAUGCAACAUUGGCACAUUUACAGGAAAUGGAACGAACGCUUCUUCUUGGAAUGCUACAAGGCCCAUUUGGAAGGCAGAUCUGCAAGUGAUCCACGAGAAUAUUGGUUCAAAGGCGAAAUUGGUUUCUUUGACUUUUACAUCAUCCCUCUUUGUAAGAAGCUGAAAGAAUGUGGUGUUUUUGGUGUUUCUAGCGAUGAAUACCUUAUCUAUGCGCAGAACAAUAGAGAUGAAUGGGCAACACGCGGCAAGGACAUCGUCGCAGACUUUAUCGCCAAGGCUGAAAGGGAAUUUGGAGAGACCUCUUUUUCUUCUUCCACGCCGGCAAACACAACGAGGAGUGAUUCUGGCGGGGCGUCGUCCUCUUCAUAA